AUGACACACCUGCCUGUGUGUCACGGGGACUUUCUGAAAGCAGCACAUAUUAAGGCUCAUCUGCAUUGGAUCACCAGUUCAGAGAUCACACUUUGCUCCCAGUAAACCCUUAAAGAAGGAAGGUAAGAGAAAUCAGCAUGCCUGCCAGUCUGCGUGGAACAUGGGACAUGAUCAGCAAUGUCAACUUCGAUGGCUACAUGAGCGCACUUGGUAUCAGUAUUUAUUUGAGAAAGAUUGCCCUGCGGCUGAAGCUGAGAAAGGUGAUUGAGCAGCAGGGAGAUCAGUAUAUCAUCAAAACUCUCAGCACCUUCAGAAACUACGCCAUCUCCUUCAAAAUCGGUCAAGAGUUUGAAGAGUUCACAAAGGGACUGGACAACGGGCACAUCAAGUCGACAGUGACAUGGCAGGGGAAUAAACUAAUGUGUGAGCAGAUUGGAGAGAAGAAGAACCGAGGCUGGGCUCACUGGGUCGAAGGCGAUAAGCUCCAUCUGGAGCUGUACUGUGACGGAGAGGUCUGCAAGCAGGUGUUUAAGAAGAAUGCAAACGAGUAAAGAGGAAGGAGAUGUUUAAGGAGAAUUCACUCGGUGCUGGAAGGCAGCAUGUGUCCGAUCCACAACUGCUCUCCCUGAAGAAAAGAAAGCCUCAUCAGUCUAGAGACAGUCAGGGGCUCCCGGGGGCGCAGAUCAGGAUAAAAAAAUUGUAGCGUUUUAAGAUACAAACUUACGCCACUAGAUGGCACCACUGCACCACUUUUACGCUGCAUACUGAAGCUACAUUCAAGCUCAUAAGGUGAAGCAUCAGGAAUGUUUCAUAACUCGUUUCAGCUGGCUGAAAACAGUUUAAAUGUACUUUUGGUUUUUCUCUUGUUCGAAAUUCCUCCUUGAGAGCUGUUCUGUUUAAUUUGCAUUUAUUGUUUUAAUUGUAAAACUAUUAUUCAUGUGGAUAUUUUUUAAAAGAAGUGUAAGAUAUACUAAAAUAUGUUUGAGAUACAUUUUUGUACGAUUUGAAUUUUGCUAAAUAAAUUUUGUUCAAAUAAAAGCUGUAAUUUGUGAUAUUUGUCCACCAAAAGAAGUGAAAGUAAGAGGUGUAAAUCUACUUUCUAUGUGGUUGAGACCAAAAUUAUUCAGACCUCUAGUGGAUUGAGAUUUGAAAUAGACCGGAAACUUUGAGUCAAUGGGGAUAACCUCAAAUCCAUGCACACUUUUUAGAUAUUUGAUUAAAAAAAAAAAAAAAAAAAAGAUACCUCACUUUCCUCCAAAUUCACAGAUAUGCAACCCAUUGUGCUUAAAAUGGCGAUAAAUACUGUACAUUAAGGUUUGUGGUUUCAG